CCCACUUUCGUCCCGACUCACCUGGCCACUUGCGAUGGCCCAAAAGCUUCACCAUCUGUCAUCCACGGGUGAUUUGCAAACACAGCGAUCACUGCCUACCCACACCUGCAUCGUUCGCCUGAGGCACCGCUUGUGGCGCCGUCGGCCAGCGCCAAGCCGUGCACGGUUCAGGCCCCAAGCCUCGUCCAAGAGUGCUUAGCGCGUUUUACCUUCCGCUCCUCGCUCCGCUCCCCUUCUCCGCACACCCUGCAUGCCGCACCUGCAGCGCCCAUCAUGGCCUCUCGGCGUGCAGAGAAGCCCUCUAGCGACGGCCUAGUGCUGCUGCACUUUUCGCCCCUCGGCGCUGUUUAAUACUGGGCGUGCCCUAUACUGGGGACCUUCAGUCUUCCAUUCCAGGCAUCUACACCUCAGAUCCACUCCAUCCAUCACACCUACAGUGUCGGAAACCAUGACUUCCGCAUCUCGUCCCUCUUCACAGAAAGGCCAAGCGGCCGAAGAAACAUCGGCUCCAAUCGAGGCUGGCCCCUCGUCCCCGAAGGGCUCAUCAAACCAUUCCACCGUCACCGCCCAUGAGCGCCCUGAUGCUAUCAGUCCGCUGUCUGCUUCUGCUCCCGCCAAUGCGGGCGCCAAGGACCAGGUCGUCGAGGUCACCACUGCCGACGGUGAAGACCCGUUGGGCCUGAGGAAGCACAGGCGGUCAGAUGUCACCCAAAAGCAGAUGAAGGCCGACCAUCCCCAGGCCAACAAGCGUCACAUGAAGAAGUUCUACACCAGGCAAAAUGCCCUCAUUGACCAGUUCCUCCAGAGCGGCGACGAGGAGCGCUUAGCCGCCCUCGACACCUUGGAGAACGGCCCCAAGGUCACCUUCGCCGUGAACGCUUCCUCUGCCGUCAAUUUCUGCUUGUUUGUCAUCCAGCUGUAUGCCGCCGUCUCCACGGGUUCGCUGUCCCUGUUCGCGACGGCCGCAGAUGCCUUCAUGGACCUGGUGUCGUCAGUUGUAAUGCUUGUCACGUCCCGCGCUGCUGCGAGGCCAAGUGUUUACAAGUAUCCUGUGGGACGGACGCGCAUUGAAACGAUCGGCAUCAUCAUGUUCUGCUGUCUGAUGACGACCGUCGCCAUCCAAUUGAUCAUCGAAUCUGGGCGAUCCUUGGGAUCAGGUCCAUCGGAAUCUGAGGAGCUCCACAUCAUCCCUAUUGCCUUCGUAGCUGUCGCAAUCUUCUCGAAAGCAUGCCUCUGUGUUUACUGCUUCUUGUACCGCCGCUACCCAUCCGUGCACGUCUUCUUCGUGGACCAUCGGAACGACAUUGUUGUCAACGUAUUCGGUCUAACCAUGUCCAUUGUCGGAAGCCGCAUCGUGUGGUACCUGGACCCCAUCGGAGCCAUCCUGAUCGGUGUCCUGAUCCUGUGCUCCUGGGCUGCCAACGCCUUCGAGCACGUGUGGCUCCUGGUGGGCAAGUCCGCUCCCAAGGAAUUUAUCUCUAAGCUUAUCUACCUCGUCGUCACGCAUGACACCCGCAUCCAGAAAGUUGACACAUGCCGAGCCUACCAUGCCGGCCAAAACUAUUACGUGGAAGUCGAUAUUGUCAUGGACGAGGAUACCCCUCUUAAGAUAUCCCACGAUGUCAGUCAAUCGCUGCAACGGAAGCUCGAAGGCCUCGCCAAUGUGGAGAGAGCUUACGUUCACGUCGAUUACGAAAACGAACACGACAUCAAGGAGGAGCACAAGCCGCUUUACGAAGUCACCCAGAAACGAUCCAUCAGGCAACGCGUAAAAGAACUACUGCGCAGGUCGAAGAAGGAUGAAGCCUGACCACGGCCGUCGUCACCUUCCUACGCCUGGGGCCAUUUCGCUUUAUCCCCGCACCCGAGAUCACGCCAUCUCGUUGACGCCAGUCGCUCCAGAUACCCCGCUUAGACCGAUCGCUGGUUCGCAUCCAUCUACGACUAAUGUCUCGUUCGCCAUCCACACCAAAGAUUGAUACCACAUGUUUGUAUUCUAUAUCGCACAUCGUCUGUUCAUAGACUGCGCUUGUAUUCUCUUCAAAAGCUGGGUCGCAUCAGGAAAUUGAUACCUUGGUGCCAGGAACGCUACGUUCGGCACCUCUGAGCAUAUAUACGAGAGCUUCACGCUCGUACUUCUAGUCGC